GGCGGCCCCCGGCCGCAGGAGUACGACUACCACCUGGGAGAGGCCGUGGUCCGGCUGCCGGAGGACGAGGCUAGGGUGCUGAGGACGGAGAUGCAGCACGCCGAGAUCUUCGCGGAUGGGGAGGGUGGCGAGGCGCCCUGGAAGCUGCUGCUGGAGUUCGAGGACGCGCCCCCCGCGGCCGCGGCGGCCUCGGCGCCCGAAGCCGCCGCAGCGCCGCCCCUGCCGCCCCCGGCGCGCCCGCCCGCGGCCCAGGACGGGCAGCCGCUCGAGUCGCGCGAUCGCGUGCCCCAGCAUCUGAAGGACAGGACGACCCGUUCCUCAAUAACGAGGGUUCAGCCACGCCCGCCGAGGCGCUGGCGGCGCCGAGGUUCGAGCCCCCGCCCGACGGUGCGCAGAGCGAGUCGGUGCGCCGGGCGCCCUGGGCGGUCCCGAGGCCAGACACGGACGUGGCGGAGCUGGCGCACUGCAGCAGGCUCGAUUUCCUUCUUCCACGGACGCUGCGGAACUGCUCCGCGCCGUGCAGGACGCAGUAGGGUUGACAGGGGCGUGCGCGCGCGCUCCGCGGGCCGCGGGGCAGCGCGGCCGCUGCUCGCGGGGGAAUCGGGGAAUCCCCCCGACGAGGCCUCCCGCGGUGCUGCCCCACGCCGCGCGCAGAGUGCAGCGCGCAGAGGCGGCGCUUCGGCGCUGUCGUGAGCCACGAAUGCAGAGUAGGACUGCGCGCCACUGCCGUAGGGUGCGGGGGCGCGCUGUGCCACGAUGGUCUUGUUCCGGCGGGCCGCGCGGGCUCCUCUUUGAGCCCGCGCGAGCCGAAUCUUCCCGCAGCUUUUCCUCACUCUGCGCUCCCUGCGGCCUGCCCCCGCUGCCCGUGCUGGUGCUGCUCCGCGCACGUGCCCGGGCUCUUCCUCCACGUCCUCCUCCCUGGCCGGGUCGCCAUCUGGCCUUCCUCGGCCUCUUCCCCUCCUGUUCCCCCCCCACCUCCCCUCUCCUCCCCCGCCCUCCGCCCCCCGCGCUCUGGCCCACCCGCUCGCGGAGGGCGCGGGCGCCCUGCGGCCCCCCGCCCGCCCUCGCGGCCCCCGCGC